CUGGAAAACUUGCAGCCCGAGAUUAAAAACCUGUCUGAGCGCCUUCGCUAUGAAGUUUCUGUUCGUGGAAAACAACUGGGUUGGUCUGAAAAGGUGGCCAGGUUCCACUAUAAGAAGAAUCUGCGGAGGAUUGUGACAGAGCUGUACGUUCGAGACAACUGCCACCCCUUCAAAGCCACUCUGCUGGUGUGGGUGCAGGUUCCAAUGUGGGUUUGCAUGUCCCUCGCUUUGCGCAACUGCAGUGUUGGUGCCACAGGCUCAGAAGUUCAGGAACAGUUCUCAGCAGGUGGAGUGCUGUGGUUCACAGACCUCACGGCACCAGACUCUACUUGGAUUCUGCCAGUUUCACUUGGGCUUGUGAAUCUGCUGAUAUUGGAGAUCUUUGCUGUGCAAAAAAUGAAAGUUUCCAGGUUCCAGAAGCUUGUUACAAACUUCUUUCGAGUGGUGUCAGUAGUAAUGAUCCCUGUUGCUGCAACAGUCCCCUCUUCCAUGGCGUUGUACUGGCUGUCCUCCAGCUUCAUGGGACUCUCACACAACCUGUUGCUGCGGUCUCCAGCCUUUCGCCGACUGUGUUGGAUACCAAGGACCAAAUCAGAAUCAGAUACUCCCUACAGGGAUCUCCUGUCUGCCUUGGCUACCAAAUACAGUUUCAAGAAAUGAUGUAGUUGGAAAUCUCAGAAGAGCUGUCCCAC